CGGUUCUACCUACGCUACUUGCUACUGCCCAAAAUUCACAAUGGUGUGAAAUCAGGGUUUAGGGUUUUUGGAGCUUGCUGUUGUUGUUGUUUGGACCACCUCUAACUCGGGGGCUUCGACUAGGGCUUUUAGCACUUGUACGAGGGAUAUGGCACUUACUGGACCUGUGUAGGAGGACGAGAAAUCAGGAGCGCUUCGGAGAUGAACAACCAGAAGAUUUUGCAGCUCGCCAAGGGCUUCCGAGGGCGCAGCAAGAACUGCAUUCGCGCGGCGAGGGAGCGCGUCGAGAAAGCCCUGCAGUAUGCAUACAGGGAUCGGCGCAACAAGAAGCGUGACAUGCGUGGAUUGUGGAUCCAGCGCAUUAAUGCCGGCACUCGUCAGCAUGGGGUUAACUACGGGGAUUUUAUGAACGGGCUUUCCAAGGAGAAUAUUGACCUGAACCGGAAGGUGCUGUCAGAGCUUGCUAUGCACGAACCUUACAGCUUCAAAUCUCUAGUCGAUAUUUCUCGCAUUGCUUUCACCCAAGUCAAAACCAAGCAGUAGUUUAUCCCUGUAGAGUAGCUGUUUUUUGUUUCGGGAAAACUGGCCAACUCGAUUCUUAACAUGCGAUUUGGCACGCUCACAAUUCUCAAGCUUUUCGAGAAUGUGGCCAAUUUUGCAGCUCAGAGGCACAGGGCUAUCUUUCUCUCUUGGUGUCUGAUACAUUGUGAAGACUUCAUCACUUCACGAGGUUGUCUAUUCACUCAUUUAUUUUCCAAGUAAUGAUAGGAACUGAAAUCUUGAUUUAGCCACAGCUAGAUGUGCGGAGGCCUCGUAGAUGACCUUGGAGUUUAGAGAAUGAAUUGACAAAGUUAUCAAUAUAUUUGUCCUAUUUCUUUAUCAA